GGCAGCGCAGCAGCAGAGCCUGCUUCAGAGCCAUCAGCAGUUUUAGGGCUUGCAAUUUCGUCUAGUAAUUUUCCAAGCGCUUGUGCUUUUUGGGGUAUUUUUUUGGGGGGGGAGUGGUGGUGGGGGCUGUUUCCUUUGGAAAAUAACAUGGUUCAACCCAUUAACUGCACGCUGCAUGUUGGGUAAGUUUAAAACCCACACAUGUGAAUGCUGGUGCAGAAAGAAAAAAAAAGAAUACAUAUAUAGAUAUACGUGCGAUGGGUAUUUUCUCUGCUUAUUGCAUAGUAAUGAGACUCUGACAGGCACAACCUUUCAUAAGACAGCCCACAUUAUUGGCUUCCAGCCCAGAAUAUUGCUGCAACACUAUCUGUGAUUGGUUAUCUUCCUAUCAUGCAUUGCUUCACAAGGGAAACAGCCCCCUUUUUAAUAAAAUCUACGAUGGCUGGCUGCAAUAUGCUGCUCUGUUGGUACUAAGAAGUGCCUUUCCUGACGUCUCUGCCGCUUGGACCCGCUUGUAGAGCAGCCUCUGCUUAUUAUUAUUAUUAUUUUUUUUUUGUUGUUUUGCCUGCUUGCUGCCAGCUAGACCGCAACGAGAGCUCAUCCACCCUUCUGAUCUAGCCCAGGCGAUUCCCUUAUUUCUGUUCUUAAUCAAGAGAAAGCUUUAUGCAUCAAGCACCGCGUUACACUGAUAUUCUUGUAGCCAAAAGGAGACGUUUCGUGAAAAAUUAAGAGAUUGGCUGCCAGAAUUUUUCAAGGAGAGAUUGAGGAAACGAGGGAAUAGGGAGAAAGAGGGAGACAGAGAAAAAAAAAGCCUUGGUUAUUGCUGCGUCUCUCCAUGCCAAACUAAUCAAUAUUGAUUACACCGCAAAAAAAACCCUAUUGCCAAAUCAGCUUUUUGGAGAUUACCCUUCUGACAACUUUACAGAGAGCGCAGCUGGGAAAUUCUGUGUCAGCAGAGGCUUUGCCACGUUCUCAUGCCUGCGUUUUGGGCUCAAAACCGGAACUUCAAAUGGGUCACUGAGAGCACUGUAUAAGCUUGGUUUCAUGCUCUUCUGGGUGAUCGUUACGUUUCGCAGAACAUAAUUGUAUAUCAUUUCACUUGCUUGUCCCGGUGAGAGAGCUAUAUGCAGAGACAGAGCGCACAGCCAUUCAGUUAAAAAAAAAAACAAGAACAACAAACAAAGAGAAGUUAAACUUUUACCGCCGUCGGUAUACCCGUUUUUGGUUUUAUUUCUUGUACUGAGAGUUUUUUGGUUUUUUUUUUUUAAAAAAAACUACCUGUACAUUUUUAACAAUGGCUGUCAGUGUGGCACCAAUUCGGGACACAAAAUGGCUAACGUUGGAAGUGUGUCGAGAAUUCCAAAGAGGGACCUGCUCGCGGCCUGACACAGAAUGUAAAUUUGCACAUCCAUCGAAAAGCUGCCAAGUUGAAAAUGGACGAGUAAUCGCCUGCUUUGAUUCAUUGAAAGGCCGUUGUUCCAGGGAGAACUGUAAAUAUCUUCAUCCACCACCACACUUAAAAACACAAUUAGAGAUAAAUGGACGGAAUAACCUGAUUCAGCAAAAGAAUAUGGCCAUGCUAGCCCAGCAAAUGCAGCUAGCCAAUGCAAUGAUACCUGGUACUCAGCUCCAGCAUGUGCCAAUGUUUUCAGUUGGCCCAAGCCUAGCCACCAAUGCAACAGCAGCCUUUAACCCCUACCUGGGACCUGUUUCUCCCGGACUUGUACAAGCCGAAAUUAUGCCUAGUGCACCGAUGCUUGUUGCAGGGAAUCACGGUGUUGCUGUUCAAUCAGCAGCUACGGCAGCUGCUCAAAAGUUAAUGCGGACAGACCGACUAGAGGCCAGCUACAAUCAGGCAACUGCAGUGCGAUCUUCCCCACGUUGCCCAACCAAUGAUCUCAGCCCCGAUGUGGAGGGAGCACCCUCUUUAUGGGUGAGAGGUAGUUCAGUCUCCAUGCCAGCUCAAUCCUGGGCCUCUCCUGAGCAGAGACUGCCAUUAAUGCCAAAUUAUGUGUGGUGGUUAUGUGAUGUGGACUCCUGCCCUCUGGGAACUGAACUGAGACCAGCAAACUCAUUUCACUUGGGACAUCAAGCUGGACUUGACCCCCGGUCCCAGAAGAGAAAGGUAUGUAGAGAGUACCAACGCGGUAACUGCAACAGAGGCGAAAAUGAGUGCCGUUUUGCCCACCCGUCGGAAAGUGCAAUGAUUGACACCAACGAUAACACAGUCACUGUGUGUAUGGAUUAUAUCAAAGGGAGGUGUUCUAGGGAAAAGUGCAAAUAUUUCCACCCUCCAGCACAUUUGCAAGCCAAGAUCAAGGCUGCUCAAUACCAGGUCAAUCAAGCUGCAGCUGCUCAAGCAGCGGCCACUGCAGCAGCCAUGACUCAGUCGGCUGUCAAAUCACUGAAGCGACCCCUCGAGGCAACCUUUGACCUGGGAAUUCCUCAGACUGUACUCCCCCCUUUACCAAAGAGGCCUGCACUUGAAAAAACCAAUGGUGCCACCGGAAUGUUUAAUACGGGUUUUUUCCAGUACCAGCAGGCUCUUGCCAACAUGCAGUUACAACAACAGGCAGCCUUUUUCCCACCAGGCUCAAUAUUGUGCAUGACACCCGCUGCAAAUGUUGUUCCCAUGGUGCACGGUGCAGCGCCGGCUACUGUGUCUGCAGCAGCAACAUCUGCCACAAGUGUCCCCUUCGCUGCAACAGCCACAGCCAACCAGAUACCCAUAAUAUCUGCAGAUCAUCUGAGUAGUCACAAGUAUGUUACACAGCUCUAGAGAUUGUAUCCAGAUACAAUCAAAAUAAGGAGAAACAAGGACAGUGUGCUUGAAAACCAAUACAGGACAAGGCCAUAAUAUGCAUAGAGGCAAGAAACACAGAGUCCCCACACUGAAAUGUCUACAUGCUGCAUGUUAAAAGAUGACAAGAUUGACACGGAGCCCCAUUGCACACUGUUGCUUACAUCAUUUUGUACAUUUAACUGAUAUUUGUGAUGAAGUGAAGUUCUCGUCUCAUACAACAUACCCUGAUUUUCUAAUGUAGAGGUUUGCACACAUACAUGUCCACAUAUAUGCAUUACGUAACCCUUUCCCGUAUGUCCAUCUUUUAAUCGAGGAAAUUCAGGUUAUGCUGUAACCAUCAAUCUCCAGUGUAUUGGUACGUCUGUAGACCAAGCGUUAGAUUUUUUUAAGUAAAUAUGUCCUUUUUGUUCAUGUUUCUUUUCUUUCAAGGUUUACAAAUAACAUGACGUGCACCUUGUAUUUAAACUUACCAUGAUAAAAGAGAGCAUGCAAAGUAUAUAAUUAGUAAUUUUAAGCAUAGUGGGUUUUUUUCUUGUUAUAGAUUGUACGAUUUGGCAAGAGGUAUUUGACACAAAUGAAUGUGCCAAUCAAAACACAGCUGUGCAUGUUUUAACUCUUUCGUGCCGGGGGCAAGGCAACAAAUUGUAGCUUUGUCCUCACCUCUGGCAUCAAAAUUAAAAAUGCACAUUAAGGCUUUAAAUAUGGUAUUAUAAAAAGUUCUCAUGAAGUGCCAUUGGUGGUGCAUGUAUUUAGAGUGUUCCUCUGGCAGUGUUAUUUAGCGAGCCACGUGUUUUAUUUGUUGAUAUGGACCAGUCAAAGGCACUUUUUAAUUUACAAAGCCAAAGUGAUCACAAAAUAACUUUUUAGUGACCAUAAGAUGUGACAUUGACAUCACUAAAUAUGCAAUCCUUUUAUGUAAUGAUUAAGAUAUAUGCCAAAUUAAAUGACCUUAAUUUAUACUAAUGGAUCUUAAUGAUGCCCAAUCAAUUAUCUUGUUUCUAGACAGGUAUGGAAAUUAAAAAGAACAACUUUUAAAUGAAAACUGAAGUUCGUGUAGCCCCCCAGUGCCGUUAACAGCAAUUUUGUGUACAAAAAUAAACGAUGCAAGGGGGCUAAACCCCUCCUAGUCCAUGUACAAACAGAUCCAUGAAUGGUUCAGCAGACCCAUUCUAGGUUCCCUCUUCAACCCAGUCACUAGGGGAAAAACCUGUGAAUGUGCACUCCUAGUUCCUGCUGUAAGGGAUACACUACUUGUUUCAGAUCCAUAAAAUCCAUAAUGUACAUAAUAUAUGACUAUAACUCUAGUUCUUGCUUACACUUUCUAAGCUGUACCAAGUAUCAUUUUGGUUUGGUCAAAUAACAGACAUGAUUGAAGAUUUAAAACAUUUGAUUACCAAAGAGUUAGUUCCUCUAAGCACUAAAAUGUAAAUUAUUUUAGAAUCAUUUUAAAACAAUUGAUUUCAUAUGCUGUUUCUUUAUUAAUAGGCACAAGAAAAAAAAAAAACGAAUAGCACAGGUCAAGCUAUAACAAUCUUUAGGGUAUUUUCUGGUUCAGUACAAAUGCAGUACUCUAUAUGUAUGUACAUACAUACCGUGCUAGCACCUUUACUAUACAUUUGAAGAGAAAGAAA